UUUGCAUUGCAGGACACUCGUUGCAGUGUCCGACCUCUCAGCUCACCACGUUAUCCGACGCUCAAGGAAAGGUUCCUUUGACUCUCUCUCUCUCUUUGAAUUUUGGACUCUAUUCCUCCAUGCCAGCAACCUCUUUCCUUAUAUAAACACGAGAAUAUCUGUUGCUCUUAACAUAGAAUCCACCGAAGUCUUGCACAUCCGUCUCACAGAAAACCUCCACAAAAAUCUCAACGGAAAAUGGAACCUCUUCCUUCGACAAUGCACGGUACGUCAAUCUCGUUCUUGCACUACUACUCCUCACUCUUGUACUCAGGUACUGAUUUUCUCCUCAAACCCGUUUUCCUACGUGGGUUUUCUGGCUCAUUACACCUGGUUUUGUUGUUUGUCCUGACCAUUUCAUCGGUGUCCAAGAAAUUCAGGGUUGGUCACAGUGAAGGUCCAAAGGAAAGGUUUAAGAACACCCGGAGUUUGUACUAUAAACUAACUCUAAUUUGUUGUUUGGGUGUUUCUAUGUUUAGUCUUGUCUUAUGUUUAUUGAAUUACUUUUAUUGGUAUAAAAAUGGUUGGUCUGAGGAAGGGCUUGUUACCCUUUUGGAUUUAGCGGUUAGGACCCUCGCUUGGGGUGCGGUUUGUGUCUACUUGCGUGCCCCAUCCUUUAAUUCAGGUGACACAAAGUACCCGUUUUUAUUGAGAGUUUGGUGGGGUUUCUACCUCUCCAUUUCUUGUUAUAGCCUUAUUGUAGACAUCGUUCUUUACAGAGAACACGUUAAUUUAUCUCUUCAGUAUUUUGUUUCCGAUAUCGUCUCCAUUGUCAUGGGUCUGUUCUUCUGUUAUGUGGGGUUCUUUGGGAAGAAUGAGGGCGAAGAUACCCUUCUUGAAGAACCUCUUUUGAAUGGUGAUUCUAGUGCAACUAAUGAAGCAGAGUCAAAUAAGCCUAAAGGGGGUGAAACUCUAACCCCUUAUUCAAAUGCUGGGAUUUUUAGCAUCCUUACGUUCUCUUGGAUGGGCUCUCUAAUUGCUGCUGGCAACAAGAAGACAUUAGACAUUGAGGAUGUUCCUCAACUUGCUACUGGUGAUAGCAUAGUUGGGGCCUUUCCAACUUUUAGGAAUAAGCUCCAGGUAGAGUGUGGUACAAAUAAGGGAGUGACCACACUGAAGUUGGUGAAGGUAUUAAUCUUCAUGGCAUGGAAGGAAAUUCUUUUGACAGGCUUUCUCGCAUUUGUAUACACACUGGCUACCUAUGUCGGGCCAUAUCUUAUUGACACUUUUGUCCAAUACCUCAAUGGGCGGCGGGACUUCAAGAGUGAAGGCUAUGUUCUCGUUUCAAUAUUUUUUGCUGCAAAACUUGUGGAAUGCAUCUCACAGAGGCACUGGUUCUUUAGGGUGCAACAGGUUGGAAUUAGGGUCCGAGCAGUGUUGGUCACAAUGGUCUACAAUAAAGGUCUGACCCUUUCAUGCCAGUCAAAGCAGGGUCACACUAGUGGGGAGAUCAUCAAUUUCAUGGCCGUUGAUGCUGAGAGGGUAGGUGACUUCGCUUGGUAUUUGCACGAUCCAUGGAUGGUCCUUGUGCAAGUUGCUAUUGCGUUGUUAAUCUUGUAUAAAAAUCUUGGGCUUGCUUCAGUUGCGGCUUUUUUUGCAACUAUACUUGUUAUGUUGGCAAAUUUUCCUUUGGGAAAAUUACAGGAGAAAUUUCAGGACAAGAUAAUGGAAUCGAAAGAUAGAAGGAUGAAGGCAACAUCUGAGAUUUUGAGGAACAUGAGGAUUCUCAAGCUUCAAGGAUGGGAGAUGAAGUUUCUAUCUAGAAUUACCGAGCUCAGGAACACAGAGUCCGAAUGGCUGAAGAAAUUUGUUUACACUUCGGCAAUGACCUCGUUUGUCUUUUGGGGUGCCCCGACAUUUGUAUCUGUGGUCACAUUUGGUGCUUGCAUGCUAAUGGGGAUCCCGCUUGAGUCGGGCAAGAUCUUAUCUGCACUUGCAACGUUUAGGAUUCUUCAGGAGCCCAUCUAUAAUCUUCCUGAUACAAUUUCAAUGAUAGUUCAAACUAAAGUGUCCCUUGAUCGAAUUGCGUCGUUUCUUCGUCUUGAUGACUUGCAGUCUGAUGUUAUAGAGAAGCUUCCUAGAGGUGGUUCUGAUACAACAAUAGAGAUUGUUGAUGGGAAUUUCUCUUGGGAUUUAUCUUCCCCUAAUCCGACGUUGAAAGAUAUAAAUUUCAAAGUGCAAAAUGGCAUGAGGGUUGCAGUUUGUGGGACUGUUGGUUCAGGAAAGUCCAGUUUGCUUUCAUGUAUCCUGGGAGAAGUCCCCAAGAUAUCUGGGAUCAUUAAGUUGUGUGGAACAAAGGCCUAUGUUGCUCAGUCACCAUGGAUACAAAGUGGCAAGAUAGAGGAGAACAUAUUGUUUGGUAAGGAUAUGGAAAGAGAAAAAUACGAGAGGGUCCUUGAAGCAUGCUCCUUGAAGAAGGACCUGGAAAUUCUCUCAUUUGGGGAUCAGACAGUCAUAGGGGAGAGAGGAAUCAAUUUGAGUGGCGGGCAGAAGCAAAGAAUCCAAAUUGCACGUGCUCUGUACCAAGAUGCUGAUAUCUAUCUGUUUGAUGAUCCCUUUAGUGCUGUGGAUGCCCAUACUGGGUCCCAUCUGUUUAAGGAAUGUUUGCUGGGCCUUUUGAGUUCAAAAACAGUGAUUUAUGUUACUCAUCAAGUGGAGUUCUUACCUGCUGCUGAUUUUAUCCUCGUCAUGAAAGAUGGAAGAAUUACUCAAGCUGGAAAGUACGAUGAUAUCCUUAAUUCAAGAUCCGACUUUAUGGAACUUGUGGGCGCGCAUAAGAAAGCUUUGUCAGCUCUCGGUUCUACUGAGGCAGGUUCAGUUUCUGAAAGUACAAGUACGAGGAAGGAAGUGGGGAAUAUGGAUAGCACUAAUGGGGUUGUUCAAAAACAAGAAAAUAAAGAUAAUAAAGAUGGUAAAGCUGAUGACAUAGUUGGAUCAAAAGGACAAAUUAUUCAAGAAGAAGAGAGAGAGAAAGGUAAAGUUGGGUUUUCAGUCUAUUGGAAAUAUAUCACCAUGGCGUACGGAGGAGCUCUUGUGCCUUUUAUAUUGCUGGCACAGGUUCUCUUUCAGCUCCUUCAAAUUGGAAGCAAUUAUUGGAUGGCCUGGGCAACUCCUGUCUCGCAGGACGUGAAACCUGUAGUUGAUAACUCUACUCUAAUAAUUGUCUAUGUUGCUUUGGCCAUUGGAAGUUCCUUGUGCAUCCUUGUGAGGGCCACGUUUCUUGUAACGGCUGGGUACAAGACAGCUACUCUACUCUUCAAUAAAAUGCACUUGUGCAUUUUCCGUGCCCCAAUGUCAUUUUUUGAUGCCACUCCUAGUGGACGAAUCCUAAAUAGAGCUUCUACGGACCAAAGUGCAUUGGAUUUGAACAUUGCAUCUCAAACUGGGGCAGUUGCCUUCUCAACGAUCCAGCUCCUUGGAAUUAUUGCUGUGAUGUCUCAAGUUGCAUGGCAGGUUUUCAUCAUAUUUGUCCCAGUCAUUGCAACCUGUAUCUGGUAUCAGCAAUAUUACAUUUCUUCUGCCCGAGAGCUAGCAAGACUAGUUGGAGUGUGCAAAGCUCCGGUGAUACAACAUUUUGCUGAAACAAUUUCAGGCUCAACAACUAUUAGAAGCUUUGAUGAAGAAUCAAGAUUUAGUGACACAAGUAUGAGACUUACAGAUGCAUAUACUCGACCAAAGUUUCAUAUUGCUGGUGUAAUGGAAUGGUUGUGCUUCCGCUUGGAUAUGUUAUCUUCAAUCACAUUUGCCUUCUCCUUGUUCUUCUUAGUCUCUAUUCCUGAGGGAGUCAUUGAUCCAGGUAUUGCGGGCUUGGCCGUGACAUAUGGACUUAAUCUAAACAUGUUACAAGCCUGGGUAAUAUGGAAUAUUUGCCAACUUGAGAACAAAAUUAUAUCAGUUGAGAGGAUACUUCAAUACACUUGCAUCCCUAGUGAGCCACCUCUUGUGACCGAAGAAAAUCGGCUAGAUCAUUCUUGGCCAUCACAUGGAGAAGUUGAUAUUCGUGAUCUGCAGGUACGGUAUGCCCCGCAUAUGCCAUUUGUUUUGCGAGGUCUCACAUGCACAUUACCCGGAGGAAUGAAAACUGGCAUUGUAGGGAGAACAGGCAGUGGUAAAUCCACUCUCAUACAAACACUUUUCAGGAUUGUUGAACCCACUGCUGGUCAGAUAAUGAUCGAUGGCAUUAAUAUCUCCUUGAUUGGACUGCAUGAUUUGCGGUCUAGGCUAAGCAUUAUCCCUCAGGAUCCAACCAUGUUUGAAGGGACUGUACGAACCAACCUGGAUCCUCUUGAAGAGUAUGCAGAUGAACAAAUUUGGGAGGCUCUGGAUAAGUGUCAACUUGGAGAUGAAAUCAGGAAGAAAGAGGGAAAACUAGAUUCUGCUGUUACUGAGAAUGGAGAGAAUUGGAGUAUGGGUCAGAGGCAGCUGGUCUGCCUUGGACGUGUGCUACUGAAGAAAAGCAAGGUAUUGGUGCUUGAUGAAGCUACUGCUUCCGUCGAUACGGCUACAGAUAAUCUGAUUCAGGAAACCCUCAGGCAACAUUUUUCCGACUGUACUGUCAUUACCAUUGCACAUCGGAUAACUUCCGUUAUUGAUAGUGACAUGGUUUUGCUUCUAAAUAAUGGGCUUAUUGAGGAAUAUGAUUCUCCAGCAAGAUUGCUUAAAAACAAGUCAUCGUCUUUUGCUCAACUUGUGGCUGAGUAUUCUGUGCGGUCGAAUUCCGGUUUUUAAUGGCCAAGCAGCUGAUGUCAGUUUAAGGUAGGAUACGACAGCUAAUGGUUUUAUUGUGUCUCAUUGUGCAAUAAUGUAACAAAAGUUGUAAUAAAAGUUGUAACUUUUUAUGCUUGAAAAUGAAGCCUAUGUAUGAAUAUGAUUCAAUGGAAUUUUAUUGUA